ACCUUCCUUGUUUUCUAGGGGGGGCUGUCGGGGGUCUACUAGGUGCAUGGAUGACAAGCGGACAAUUUAAGCCGAUUCCUCAGAUCAUAAUGGAGCUGCCGCCCGCUGAGCAGCAAAAGCUCUUUAAUGAAGCCACCGCCAUCCUCAGGCACCUGGACUGGACGGACGCCGUGCAGCUGACCACGCUGGUCAUGGGCAGCGAGGCCCUGAAGCAGCAGCUGCUGGCCAUGCUGGUGAACUACGUCACCAAGGAGCUCCGGGCCGAAGUUCAGUAUGAUGACUAGGUCGCUUCUCCUGGGAAGUGCGGGUCUCAUUUAGAUGAUUCUCGGGACUCACAGGAGGGGACAGGGGAGUUGGGGAAGCCGCACAUCAUCAGUGUGUUACCUUAAAUGGAGUGAAAUCUGCUGGAGAGGCUACUACUAUGCUGUAUCAUGUUCUGGAAAUUAUUUAUGAAGACGCUGUGUUUUGUGACAACCCUUUCACUGGGAGGCUGGUAGACAGCGAAACCCUGCCUGCCCCAGACAUGGGUGACAGCUUCCUGAAUCCACUGUCACUCAUAUGGGAGCGUAGCAGGAGGCCCUCGUGUUCCGUCUCCUCGCCUGUGAAGAUGAGCCCUGUCCGAAGCACCCGUUACAGGACUGGUUCCUUCCCUGGGGCCCAGGGUCUCAGGACCUGAGAGCUGGCCUAUGCUGGAAUUCACGUUUCCCUCCUGUGCCCCUUCCCUGACCAGUGACUCUGAGUGGCCCCACGCAGGGUCAGUCGCCUGUUGAGCGAAGCCACAAACAUCCAGGCCCCCAGCCCUUCUCUACGUAGCACACCUGGGCUCUCACCCUCCCAGGGGCUUCCUCUCCCCAUUGGACAAGUUGUGGUACUUCUUGAGUUUUGCUUUUAAAAUUAAAUACUUCCAGCCAAGAGUAUUGCUUUUUCUGACAUGGUAGGAUCUAAGCAAUGUGUCCACCCUGAAUUUCCCCUAAUACCAUAUUCACUUUGCUCUCAGAACCGUUACUUGACUAGGUGUCAUCAAAUUGCAAUAAAUGUUUUCUGAAUAGGG